UGCCUCAUGCGUACAAACUGUCACACCACAAAGUGUACGAGUAGAGAGAAGUUUGUAAUGGACUGAUGUGUGAGGAUUUGUCCGUUAAUGUACCGUGGUUGUGCAGUGUGUGCUGUGUUGAUCAGUGCGUCACAUCAUCGUGUGAGGACUCGAGAGUAGGAGGAGGCAAGCUCCCGUAGUAAAUUGAGAAUUCUCCGGGUUUGUUUGUGUCGCCUUUCAAUAAACAUGAAUGUUUAAUACAACCAGCGUGAAUUACGACUGUUUUUCCUGACUCUCUCUCUCUCGGUGUGCUGGACUCUGUGUAAUGUCGAGACUGCAUCACAACUGGGGUAGCAUCAUUACAUCUUCCCCGGUGUAGGGUGACAAUGUAUGGCACCAGCAACAAUUCCGUCUGGUUAUGAAGAAACUUUGGAGUGCAUCUAUAUAUUCUGCUUCGAGUAUCGACCAUUUGUAUCAAUGAAAACUAAUUCUGAAGCCUAAAGACCAACUAGUGAUGACAGAUUUAUAUAAGGAAUUCGGUCAACCGGCAGAAAAUAAAGAUGUUGUGUGUUAUACUAGAGUCACCUCUUGGUGGAUCUGAAGGAUGCAGGGAUAGGAUCAGAUUAUUUGAUAUGAGCGAUGCCAGGGAUAACUUACGCAUAGUGUCGAUGGUUGGGUUUAACUCCAAGGUUUUAAAUCCAAUUUUCAACUCAAGAGGGAGUUAAGGGAUUUAAGCAGGAUUAAAGGGAGUGCAGACGGACCCAUAUAGCAGUCGAAACCCCAGGUUACCUACAGCGUUGGAAGUUAACAACAUAACCUACUUUUAUUCAAAUCAGGUAGUAGACCUCAGGAGAGAAAAAAAAACUUGAACACCGUGAACUAUUCCCCCAGGAGUGCAAGGUCUAAAACGUACGUCGACAUCAGUGCUCCAAACCGAAACGGGUUUACAAGGUGAAGUUUUUAGCCUACGUUGAGAGGGGCAUCUCAAGGGUUAAUGGAUGCAGCUAGUACGAGAAUAAAUAUAGUUGAAUUCGCAAUUGAGGGUUACUCUCAUAAUUUGUGUAUGCAAGUUUUUUUCAACACAGUUGUCUACGAUUAUACAAGAAAGAAGAAAAAAAAAACACCGACAAAUAAUCUGUUUUUGGAUCUCUUGUGGAUGACAUGGACUUGACCCCGUGUGAGUUGACUUGAGUUUCCACGCUGUACUGCAUGCCGUUGGUGUGUGCUGCAUGUGUAGAGUUCAUCUGUGUGAAACGAGUGGUGUAUUGGUAUACUCAUACUGUGGUGGAAUAAAAAUAAAUAAUGUAUUGUGGUCGCUGCGUUGGAACUGUAACCUCGAGUUUUGAAGGAAGUUAACUGUGUUAUGUAAUAAGUGAAUUUGUUCUGUGGUUAAUUAAUUCACAAUAUUGCAUUCUGGCAGCAAGUGAUGUUUGCACUGUAUACACACAGUGGUGGUUGAAUUACCACAAGUGAAAUUUAUCUUGGACGCCAGUUGGCUGUUUAUCGUGUACGCAUUUACACCGUGCAUGCUUUCGCGUACAAGAGGUUCCUAUAGCUACCGAGAAGUACAAAAUACAUGGACAGACUGCAAACUGAAACCAUUAAAACUGAAUCUACUCAACUGUAUGUAACGAGUGUUUUUCCUUCUGUGAGAUUAUUAUACUGUGCUAGUGUGGGUUAUGCACUGUUUGGUAGUUUCAUGGUUCAUGUAUUUACUCCGUGAAUAAAUAACACAACUGCUGAGUAAACAAGCAACGAGCAAGUUAGUGCUGGUAAUGGUAUUAGUACACGGGUAGUCUGUGGUUGUGUUUUGAUCCUGGGGGUUGAUAUUGAUAAAGUAGCAACCGGAAUACAUGGACUCUAAAGGCAAAGCUGGACAACACCACUGAACAACUAGAGUUUCAAGUAAUGGCCAAACAGAUUUAGCACAAAGUAGAGUUAUACUGGACCUACCCAAGGCUACCAAUGUCGCAAGCUACCAGCAGUAUUCCUGGGUAACACCCAUGGGUCCAUUGUUGCCAACAUACGGGCUUCCAUUGUUCCGUGACCAGCCGACCGUUCGGUCUGUGUUUUGUUCGGUGCUCGGAGCAAAAGACCCAUGUUAUACUCGCCCUAUAAAGAUGGAGGACUACUGUUCUAAAUGACUCAGGACUGCAUUCUAACACUACCAGCGUAAGUCAAAUGACUGUAUCGUCAUCUCUUGGCAACCAUCACAGUUGUUUUUAAAAGAGUUUCCUGUCAGUUCAUUCUCAGGGAAAAGGAAAAACAUGGCCUCCCAACAUGGUCUGGUAGCCGAUGAUAUAGACCGGAUGCAGCAAGUUAGUGUGACUCCAAUCAGAUCUUCUAUUCCAGUCAUGAGGCUAUGGAGGGGUCCGGGACCCUGCUUGAUGCUGGCUUCCUCUAUUGGCCAUUAUCUCCAGAUCCACUCGUUUCCCCAUUAAUGCCGGUGGAAAUGACAUCAGAGGAAAAUCCAGAUUGUGGCCCCGCCGUCAGUUGUUGUAGUAGCUGUGCUCGUUUUGUCCACCGUCAUAAGCUGCUGGACCCCGGCCCGGAUCUGAGCAGCUCCUCACUCCACGCCAGACCUGGUUGUUGGGACGACAGAGUGAGAGUUGAACUCCUAGGACCUGUUGUUGAGUCGAAAAGUUUUGCUUACCACGACCGAGCGUGUUCUCUGGAUCCAAGCAGACCGGGGCUUAGUCAGUCCCUACGGGGGAUUCAUCACCACUUCCCCCAUCAAGAACUUCUCAACAAGUCUACAGAAAGCUAUAGUUUCUACCCAGCUUCAACAUUGAAUCAGCUGCUGCCUAGUCUGCUUAUCUGUCUGCUGUUGUUUUUGUACUUUGUGAACAAAGUGAAUUGCUACCAAACUCAUUUGGAUUUUAUACCCGGUCUUUUGAUACAACUUUUGUUGCUGUGUAUACUACCACCGACAACACUUGUUGAAAUAUUGAAACUAUCUUGGAACCAUGUAUUAUUAGCAUCUUCAAAAUCUGUUCAGAACUCAAAAAAGUUUUCAACUGGAGUUGAACAAACUAAAGUUAACAUAUCAACGUCGGUGCCAAGUGAGCUUACUUUUUCUCCAUCACUCGCGUUGUUAACAAAGUUUAUAAACUUGUGUAAACUUGGUUAUUCGAGUGAGCAAAUCGGUGCUGAGGUUAAAACACGGGUAUUUUAUCCCGCUCCGCUCAAAAUUAUUGCAAAUAAAGUUCCACAAACUUAUAUAAAGUUGUCGGAUACAAAACCCUCGCAGAGUGGUACGACACUCGACUCGUACGUGUGUGGAACUAAAAUAAGUCUUCGGAUACUCAAGCGCCCAGAAGAAGAAGCUGGCGCUUUUCGAGAAGCGAUUGUGAACUUUCUGACUUGCAUCUUUCCUUUCGUCGCCGACCUAGGACGAGCUAGUUAUACCCCACGACUCUUCCAGCACUUGCCGAUGGGGUGCAUACUGCCAAAACGCCAGAAGAACCUCGGUCUUGAAGGUGAUAUCAAAGUGUACGACCUCCAUGCGAUCAUCGACCCGCAUCCGACCACGCUCAUCGAGAACUCCCCGACCGUGCUGAAGUACCAGACGCCGCACUUCCGCGCCUCGGCCCGGGUUCGAUUCCCACCCGUGAGCGGCAAUGACACGUGGCAGAUCGGAUGGGUACAAGGUUGUAAUAAUAUGGACUUCACCAUCUCCUACGGCAAUCUGGGAACCUCCAGUUGGGAAAUCCCCUCGCUGAAGACCAACCAGCAACGUUUCGUCAGCGACUCGGACGGCAAACAUUACCCCUGGUACGGUUGCACCACGGAGGUGGCCACCAUCCCGGGGCCAACGUCCUGCUACAGCACAUUCCACCUUCGUAUGAACGACAACUUCCACCCAUCAAUUACGUGGGACAUCCCCGUGCGAAACAGCCACCAGGUCCGUCUGACCAAGCUGGCCCGGGACCAGAGCUUCACGGUCUGGCUGAUCGCCAUGAACAAAACCACGGGACAGAAGUUUGUCCUGAGGACGAUUAAAUGGAGGAUGAGGAUUAAUAUUGCCGUGGACGAGACCCAACCUCUAGGUCGGAGGGCUCAGCUUCUUGACCCCAUCAUACAGGAACAGCCUCAUAUUCUAGAGCCAUGGCAGAAUGAAGUAGCCCCACCCGAAGCCCUACGUGCCCCCAAUGCAAACAACGCACAGACACUUAUAUGGCGGCCGAGCAGUGGUGGUGAAGUCAUAAUUGUACCACCAGUAAGCCACCACUAAAAGCUAAACUGUUUUCAAACAAAACUCGAUAAGUGCCUUUGACUCAUAGUACAGUACUCCUUUUUGUUUUGGAAAAGCGAGUCAUAAUUAUCAAGAACUUAUAUAUCUAUCCUCAAUAAUACCAUAUUUUUGGAAACAGACAUUUAUUACCAAAAAACAAGUGCAAUUUGUAUGAAUCGGAAAAACAAACAAAUUAUGAGCUACCAGUUUUGUAUUUUUGGUGGUGGAUAUUUAGUCUUCGACACGUCUAACGCAUGCUGACUACUGAAAAACAAUGUACAGUUAAAUUUACCGAGUCUUCAAAUCAUUAAUAUACAGCUAAUUUAAAUAUGAAUGGUAAGGUCUAAUUUCAAGCUAUUUGAUUGGUUGGAUGAUAUGCAAAUUAGAUUGUGAAACUGUUGUGUAAAAUAAUAGAAAGUUUUUGGUUUUUAAAUCCAAUUGGUUCUCACUAACAGGGUACACAACAAAAUCGAAAUCCUUUUUGAACAUUUAUGAUUUACGCAUGCUUCUUACUGAGUUUUCAUAUCUUUAAAAUAUCUAUUAAAAAAAAACGGACCAGUGAAUGUUAAAUAAUGUAUUUAUGAAUGUUGUAUAUUUGCACAUUUUAAUUUCUGCAGAAUUCGAUGGUUAUAAUGUCCAACAAGUUACACACAAAAAAAAAGAAGCAAAGUUUGAGACUGGACGUUUAAGCUUAAUUUGGUUUUUAGAAUAAAUGUUUUUUGGUUCGUUUAAUUUGCAUGAAGAAUUACAUGCUACAAGGAAA